AAGCUAGGCAUGGGGGGAAUUUCUAGAGGACUAAUUUCCAGUUUUGUCUGAGAGUUCAUGGAAUUCAGUGGAUCACCAUCCAAAAUCUUGGUCUGGCUUGUAUAUGCCAGCAGUAGCAAAUAAAAUGAAUGGAAACAGGACCAACACCAAUUUGAUCCGGCAUGAAAGCAGUCUGUUCUCUAGCUCAUUGUCAGAAAUAUUUAGUAGAAAGCAUAAGAUAUUGUCCAGUUUUCACUUAGGAUCUCAGGGAAUGUUGGAUUUCCUGGUAGUUCUCCAUCACACACUGUGGAAAUUGCUUCUCACAACAUUUUCUCACAACAUUUUCUCACAUGCUGAUGGAAACAAUGGUGUGGUAUACUCGCCCGAGUCUAUGCAUGACUCCAAAGAUCCCUGUUGUUCGCAGUUUUGUAUACUGAUGUCUCCAAAUGUAAUUUCCUUCCUUCUCAAGGAGAGAGAGAGAAAUGUCAUAUUAUAAGUAUUCUGGUAAUUGAAUUUUUAAACUUCAUUCUUUUUUCUUUUUCUUUUUUUCUUUAUUUUGUAAAGAAACAUUUUUUUAAUAAUAAAUGUAUGAUUCUUUU